AUGGAUUCAUCACAGCUUCCAUCUUAUGAUCGGGUUAAAGCAUAUGAUCGGAAAAAGGACGAGUUCAUAAACGAUGAAACCCUAAAAUAUUCUAACUGUGUAGAAGCAGCUCUGCUAGGACUUGUGUGCUGUUUAGUAUAUGAUCCAAAUAAAAAGAAGUACAAUACAGACCAUCUGCCCGACAAUGAAGAAACUAAGCCACUGAAAGACUUCUUUAAAAAGUAUUCUGAGCCAAGAGAAACCACUGACUAUGAAAUGCACGAAGAUUGGUGUAGAGUGAUAGCAGACUUGAAGAAUGACAAGAUUCUUUACUUAGAGGAGAAGACGAAUGAGCUGGACAGCAGUUUGUUGAAUAUUCUUUAUGUUGUAUCGGACAUAACUGGAAGCAAAGAAGAAGUAGUUAAAGAAAUUAAGUGCUUAGAAAAGCUUCUUUCUAAUAAGAAUAUUAAUGAUAAGCUUGAUAUAGAAGAAAGCUUGACUACAAUGUUCAAGGAGCUAUCAAAUAACAAGAAUCUUGAUGUAGAGUGUGACAAAUUUACAGUGGGUACACGAGAAGAUAAUAAUCUGGACUUAUUUGGUGAGUUUAAGCUAAUAUAUACUUUUAAUGAGAAAAAAAACGGAAUAUUAGUAGAGAUAACUUCUGGCCAUUGCGCAUUAAGUUUAUUGGAAGACCUAUUGUCUAGUGAAGAGGACAAUAUUAUUAAAGAAAAGUUGACUGAAAUACAGAAUAUUUAUAGUAAUAUAGAGAGUUACACUGCAUGCACAAUUAGACAGUACAUAAACAUAGAACUUGCUAAGAUGGAGAAAAGGUCUGCAUUAGGCCGAAUUCAAGAAAGUAUUAGAAAUAACCAUGAUAAUAUAAAUGAUAUUUUCCUUCACGGGAUGAUUCGAUCAGUUGAACAAAAAGCAAGCAUUGUUAAAUACUUCUUGAUUAUGAAUGUAAAGAAUACUCUACCAAAAAACAAUUCACUAGUUAGGUUUACCAAUAAUCUUAUAGGAAGUACUCCACUUGAUGAUUUUGAAACAAGAGAAGAUAUGUUGUGUUAUUGUGGGCUUAAUAAAGACAGUAAGAGCUACUAUAAAGGAAUUGAAAGCUACUUGAAAAAUCUCACUAAACUUUCUGUAUUUAAUUUUAAUACAAUAAUUAAUGACAUUUUAGAUAAGUCAAACUAUUCCCUCGGUGUUAAAUUAGAGUGCUUUAAAAAGUUGAUGAUGGUUGUAGCAGAUGAUGAUGAGAAGUAUGCUAUUGUUACAGAAUCUUUCUCAAUUAAAAAUAUAAUAUUGUUUUCUAUGGAGACUGAUGAGCCAGCUAAAACGGUUUUAGAGUUCAUAAAGAUAAUAUAUGAAACAGUUAUGCAGCCAGAUGGAUCAAAUGGGUUUGUUGCUUACUUAAAAUUUAUUUAUCAUAUAGCAACUUCAAAUGAGUUCAAUUUAGAUGAUAAGAAAGAGGUUAUAAAGACUGUAAUGGACAAAAUAGAUGUUAAUUAUAAUUUAAAUCUAAAUAACAAAUGGGAUUCUUGUAUUCUUAACCAUUUCCAUAUAUUGGAAUAUUUACAAUUCUGUGAGGAUAUAUUAUGUGAUAAAAAAAACCCAAAUAGUGUUAAGAACUGCAACAGUCUUAUAGAAACAAUAAAAAAAACUAUUGAAGUGUGCAAACGAGGAAGUUCCCGGUGAGUCUUGAAUCCUUCCACACGUAGAAAUGCAUAAGUGAAUA